GCGUGGAACGCAAAGGCGAUGAAGGAAAGAAGAAGAGUUAGGGUUGAGUCGUCUGAUUCUGAUUCAGCUGUGAGUGUGCCAAAAGGUAAAUGGUAAUGCCAUUCCCUCCCAUUGCCACCACCAUCACCGAUCACUCUCCUCUCUCUCCCUAAUUAAAACAAAAUAGAAAAAUUAAAAUAAAGAAAAAAGCGUCCACUAAGGUUGAGGCACGUCACCCAUCUCUCCCUUCACCUCGCUCAUCUCAAAUCCAUGCUUCGGAAUUAGGGUUUCCAUUUGGAUUUUGUUCUUCUGCUCUGUUCUGCUCAGCUCUGCUCACUCCCUUAAGGGGAAACGGGGAAAGGGAAAGGGAUAAGGAUGAGGGUUUGGGGAUCGGAGAUCGUCUUCGCCGUGUUGCUCUGUGGGACCCUCUCUUCCACCGCUCAACCGCAUCAUCAUAGGUUUUCUCAUACCACCACCACCGCCACAGUCUGUCCCGUUCAUUCCCUUCUCGAUUUCGUCUUAGGGUUUCCAGAUUCCACAUGCCCUCUUCCCGAUUCUCUUGGAUCCAUUGCCGUCACCGAGGGAGAUGAGGUUUCUUUGCAGAAGGCGCUGAAUAUGGUUCACAAGAAUAAUCACGAGUAUGUGGCUGUGCUCUUCUAUGCGUCGUGGUGCCCUUUCUCGCGCGUGUUUAGACCGGUUUUCUCCGUACUCUCUGCACUGCACCCUUCCAUUCCUCAUUUUUCUAUUGAAGAAUCCUCGGUUAGGCCGAGGUUUGUCAUACUGUCCAAAUAUGGUGUCCAUGGUUUCCCUACACUGUUCAUUUUGAAUUCUACCAUGCGGGUUCGGUACCAUGGUUCUCGGACACUUGCUUCGCUCAUUGGUUUCUACAAUGAUGUUACCGGGAUUAGGAUUGAUUCACUCGAUCAACUAUCACUUGAGAAAAUUGGUCGUUCUUCCACUGAUAAAAGUCAUGGUAACACCGAGCCAGAAAGUUGUCCAUUUUCAUGGGCUAGAUCUCCAGAAAAUUUACUGCGGCAGGAAACGUAUUUGGCUCUGGCCACUACGUUUGUGGUUUUGAGAUUACUAUACUACUUUUUUCCUACGCUGCUUAUAUGUAUUCAAUUUGCUUGGAGAAGGGUCAUCCAAAAUAUUAUAUUAGGGAGCUUACUGGAGCAUCCUUUGAUUUAUUUGAAGCGGCUAAUACAGUCUUUUAACUGCUUGAAAGAGCCGUGCAAGAGAAGUAAUCUGCAGGAAGGAGCAAUGAAUGCUAGAGCAUGGGCAUCCAAGUCCCUAGCCACCGUUUCAAUCGGAGAGGAAAGUAGCAGCCGCGGGAUGCACCAAUGAGUUGAUUUUACCUAGCGGAUGUCCUUGAAAUAUUGGAGAUUUGAAUAUACCCUAUGAAAGUCUUGGCUGCAAGUUCUGCCAUGUACUUUUCUUUCAUGAUCUUCUCUUCUCACCCUUGGAUCUUGUGCUUAGUGAGGUCAAUUAUGUUACUGAAUAAUGUAAUCGACCCUUAAAUGUCCAAUAUGAUCAAGAAAUACUUCAUUCAGCAUUCUUGAAGAUUGAGACUUACAUGUGUAUAGUUUAAAUGUAGCAACUCGAGCUGAAAUCUGCAAUUCUUUGACUUGUAGGUUUUCUUGAAGGUCAAAUCUUUUGAUCAUCAGUUCAUAAAUUUAUUUUUGUUGGGAAUGAAAUUAUUGUAAAUCCCGCAUAAUACUUAUUUUGAUGCAUUGUUGAUGUACUCGGUGCGUGUUAUUUGUAGUUCAAAAAUAAUAAGAUUGGUGGUAAGCUGAUUAAAUUGUCA